AUGGUGCGCAAAGUGCUCUACCCUUCCACUGAAUAUGCCCGGCACCUCCUCCGAUUAGGCUUGGCAGUCGCGUGUAUCUGGAUCCUCACCGGAAGGUGUUCUAAUGGAGGGCACGCUCGUACGGUCCCAGUGACCUUCUAUAGCCCUUCUCCCUACCUGUAUGCGGUUCCGACAUAUUCAACGGGGCCUCUACAAGUCCCCUCGUCUCUCCAGUCGGACACUCGCUCCAUAAUUAACCCAGCUAGUUCGGGCGGACACGGUCAAGCAAGGGUCCCUAUAUCUCAUCUCACCAGCACACACAUUGCCUGGAUGCCGCGAGUUCCUCCAAGCGUCUCUGGGCCUAUGCCAGCUAACGAUGUAGCCGCGGUUCCCUAUUCGUCUGCUGCUGUUCCAUCAACCAAAGAGCAACUACAUACACCAGCCCCCCCCAUGGGAAUGGGCUCGUUAACCGUGCGAGAUGAAGCGGAUUCUUUAGAGAGACAGAUUGUCACAGGAACUUCCAGGGUACAACAGAUGCCGGGACCUCCGUCAACAUCCCUCCGUCCCGAGAAUUACCAAAGGUAUGAGGCGGAUGGGGUCCACAAUGGAGAGUUAACUAGGAGCGAAGCAAGAUUGCGUCUAUCUUUGCUCUCAGAUUCCGUGGCCGAGGCAUCCCCAACGAUUCCUUCUGUCCCUCACUUUCCCGGAGUGAAUGUAGUACCGCCAAUAGGGGGACCUGUGCAACCAUCGCCGUGGACGGAAUACUCGAGACUCAACCAGCAACCCUACAGGCUUGCCCAUACGGAUACACCAUUUCAGCAACAGAUGCUUCCUUUACCGCGGCAUCAGCCUUCUUCAAGCUCAACAGCUGAUGCUUAUAUCUCGCCGACAAAUGUGGCAGCUUCCGCUCUACCGGGCACAAUGCUGCUUCCUGCAGAACACUACAGGGGUGGAAGCCUGCCUGUAAAUCCGUUGACUGUAGCCCAGAUCAUAGUCAGUAGGCUGAUUCUGCAAGACGAACGCUUUGUGCACGAUUUGUUGGUUAGGCACGGCCCGGAUCUGACGGAUAUCUCCACCGGAGAGGUGGUUCAGGCCCUUGCAUCAUCUGAUCCUGCUUUGGGACGCCUCUCUCAGUUUUUCCGCAGACACCUCGGACCAACUUUAGAGUUACUGAAGGAUGCCCAUAAAACGCUUGUUGAGCCACAUUUGUCAGGAGGGGAAAAACGAUUAGAAGGAGCCCAAGAAGAGGAGCAAGCAGGCGAAGUCGCAGCGCACAUUGUGAGCUUUGUGGAAAAUGACCCAGUCUUACACACACUGUCUGACAUUGUAGUUAAUCGCGUGCUCCCCGGAAUUGAGGCAUUUGUCGAUGAGGACGCAGGCAUCAAAAGAGAUUCUUCCCCUGCAGCGGUUGUGAUUUAA